AAGUGCGCUGCUGCUGUCAGCUGAGUCAUAUCGCAUCCCUGAAUCAUCUGAUUCGAAAUUGUCAGCGGAACUUAUCGAUGAUUUUCAUCUUCGUUCUGCACCUGAUGUUCCGCAUCGCGAAUCAUUCCGAUAAAUAAUGUAAUGGGCAAGACCUGAUUCUAGAACGAUGUCAAAAUUGAAAGGAUUACUCUUUCUUUGCUCUUUAUCGGCUAUUAUCACUUCGGCUGUUUUAACUGUCACUCCUUCAACUUAUUGCGAAGUACCUGACCAUAGGUUAAACCUUAUAUAUAAUUUAACAAAGUUGUCAUCUGAUAAAGAAGACGUUAUCAUCGAGCACGACAAUGAAAUGAUACGUAUGCAACUGUGUUCCCCAUUAAUUAAAAAAUGCAAUAACCAGGAUGGUUAUGCCAUAUGUCUGAUAAAAAACAACACAGAGAAAGGAAUAGGAAGGUUUCCUCCGGGUGUAGAUAACAAAAAUGGAAGAAUUUUAUUUAAUUUUACUGGUGACAGUUGUCUACAUGGAACCAAUUAUACGAUGAAGAUUAUUAUGUAUUGUGAUUAUGACGUGGAGAGUAAUUCGUAUCCUGAAUUAUUUUCGCAUGGUGACCAAGAGUGCAACUUACACAUAGUAUGGAAGACAGCAUUAGCUUGUGUACCCAGAACCCAAACAAAUUGUACAGUUGCCAACGCCGGACGUCAUUACGAUCUAAGUCUUUUAACAAGAGCUUCAGAAAACUAUGUGAUUCGUAUGAGAAAUGAAACAAAGUCACCCAAGAUAAUCUUAAAUGUCUGCCAAAAUGUAAUACAUCACGGUACUACGUGUCCAGUUAAAUCUGGAGUUUGUUUGGACGAUCCUGAGAAUCCUGAUAAAGAUUCGAGUUUAGGAGAGGUACAAAAACCUCCUUUCUUUAGGAACGGAAGUUUACAAAUAGAAUACCAGGAUGGUGCGUUAUGCGUGCAAAAUAUUUCAACUCCACACGUUAAAACGACUAUUACAUUUAUAUGUAAUUUGGAAGCUACGAGACCCCCAGAGUACAUUGGAGGAAGAGAAGUGUGUCAUUAUCAAUUGAUAUGGUAUACUGCUGCAGCGUGCGAUGUUGAGACCCUGCGUAAUCAUAGUGCUAAAACAGCAGGCAAAUGUAUCGUUACGAAUCCAGUUACAAAUUUCACAUAUAACUUGCAAACACUAAUGAACAAAGACUUUACUGUCACAAAUUCAAGCGGUGUAAAAUUCAGAGUUUGCGGUGCGCUCACAGAUAAUACAUGUGGAACCAAUACAGGAGUAUGUAAUUCAAAACGUACAUCGUUAGGAAAAGCUAACACAAAUCUGAUAUGGCAGCAAGGUGGCCCUUACUUGAAUUAUACCGAUGGAGAUUCAUGCGAAAAUGGAAUGCGUCACUAUACAGUUAUCGGAUUUUUGUGUGAGCCACAAGGGUCGCCUAACCAGCCAUUGCUCGUGAAAGAAUAUCCUUGUCAGACUAUCAUACACUGGAAUACAGAUUUAGUUUGUGAGAAAAAAAUUAAAUGUGCUACCGACAAUGACGAUGAAAUCAACUUAACUCCGCUUAUACAAUCUACAAAUAAUUACAUUAUAAAAGCCAACGGCACAGAAUUUCACAUAAAUAUAUGCCGACCGUUGGUUCCAACUCAAGGUGUUACAUGUGCACAUGGUAGUGCUGCUUGUAAAGUUUCGGUAAAUUCGAAGAAUGAAUAUACCAAUGAAAUCAGUUUAGGAUUUCCUGAGGACAAUCCAACAUUAAAUAAAGAUCUACGAACAGUGUUACGUUAUAUCAAUGGAUCACAAUGUCCCGAGAAUCCAGCUAAAACGAUAUCUUCAAAUUUUACAUUUAUUUGCGAUAAUAAUAAUCAGGGACUUCCAGUAUAUAAACAUUAUGCUAAUUGUACUUAUGUAUUUGAGUGGAAUACGAGUAUAGCAUGUGGAGCAGUGAUGGGAGGUUGGACAGCGCCAUGUACUAUAAAGGAUAGUUUCCUUUCAUAUGAAUAUGAUCUUUCUUUAUUAUACAAGAAGCAACAGAUACAUUAUGUGAAAAGCAGACAAGGCAAGGAGUAUGCUUUAAAUAUUUGCGGUGGAGAGAAAUAUUGCAACGGUUCUGCUGUAUGUCGCGAAGGCAACGGUUAUGGAUCGCGGGGAAGUGUGAUUUUUGAUUACAGCCGUGACGACGUAAAACUUAAAUAUUCAAAUGGCAGUAAAUGUAACAACAAUUCUUACACGUCCGAAGUAAGAUUUAUAUGUAACGAAUCCAUGGGCAUCGGUGCACCGAAACUAUUAUUGGUAAGUCAAAAAUAUAUAAAAUUUGAUUGAAUAUUUUUCUACAAACUACGAAGGAAAUUUUUCAAAAAUAAGAAAUAAAAAUUUAUACUUUAACCGAUUCAUUGGUAACGCGAAAUCAACGUUUUGUGCCAAAACUGGUAAGACCUAAUUCUUCAGAUUUGUAAUCAGCGACCCAAAAAGCAUGGGUAUACCAAGUUAUAUUCAAAUCCGUUAAAAAUUGGAAGAAAUAUUCAUGGUGCGCAUAUAUGCGUCAUUACCAGUGAACUGAUUAAGUAAUAUAUAUUUUUAUUUAUAUUUAUACAGAUAUAUAAAUAUUUUUAUUUAU